AUGCUAUUGGUUUUUCUGCCAUGGUUAUUUUUAGCUCUUGUUUCUGAUGUUUAUAGAAAGCACCCGGAGGACUAUCCUGUUCAUGAUAUCACAGACUCUGGUGACAGCAUGACGCCUAGAAACACAUCAGUAUGCGCAGUCCAGCUUCAAAGGAUAUCUGACGGAAGUCUGGCUUUUCAGUACUUUGAUGACGGAGCCGUGCACUUCUUCGCUAACUCAUACCUUUUUGAUGGUUUGGAGUCCACUAUCGGCAAAGUCGUCUGGGAGACCUCUCCAGCAGGGGAAUUGUACCUUCUCGAAUUUUCACCUCUGCCUUCACAUCCUUUCAACUCGUACUUACGUGAAUAUACAGACUCGCAGGAGACGCCCUUGCAAGGCACGGCCGAUCCAUUAACGGACGUCUAUUACGCAAUAAAGGCAAGAAUCCUUUUCCUUAAGAUGAGGCUUACUAACGCCAACACAACAUUACGAUCGGACGGCUCAUUGCUUUUGUCCAGCAGUCCAAGGAAGGACUCCCGGGUCCCGGAAAAGUAUCCCUACUCACUCCCCUACACCCUGAAAAAGCACAUCUAUAAUUGUGUAUCCAUGGAGUAUAAAUCGAGUACUAAAGCCAAACUAGGCAGGCCAUGCAUGCCUCCUGAAGGCAUGCGCCCCAUCCUUAAAGAGCAGCACGAUCUAUUUAACAUGUUAUCUGCAGGGAAGAUGUAUGUUGACUAUACAGGAAGCUAUAUCUACCCCGUCUGUGGCGUCACUACUGACGAAGCUUACACACAAGGAAACACGGCGCCAACAGCAUACUUUAUCAAGCUCUUGGAUGGCGACUCGAACAAUCGCACAUAUCCCCAUCGUGCUGGAUUCAUCCCUAGGGUUACCAGUCGUGUCUGGGUGGUCGAUUACUAUUCUGACUGGGUAGGUCUUGCAACAGUGCAUGGCGUGGGGUUACUUAAUCUAAAUGCAAACAGUUACCGGUCCGGCCCUUGGGCAGAAAACUGCUACUACUCACUCCGCAUGGUUGGAAAUCCGUUUAUGCACGAGGUCGGCCACAAUGAAGGCGGACUUCAUGGAAAUGGUGUCUCUGAUAGCGCUAAUUUCCACAGGUUUAUCUCACACUACAGACAGGAGCCCAUUUCCGGUGCAGGAACGUUUUCCUACAUGGCUUCUGGGGGGUUCCCGUUUUUGACUGCUGUACAGAGCGCAAGUCAUUACUAUAACGCGUGGGAAACCGUGCUCCCCCGCUGGCGGAGGGUUCUGAAGCACUGGGAUAAUGGGGUUAUUCCAGAGGCGAAUACGCCUGAGAAAGGACGAAGAGGGCCACAUGGCGGGGGCAAGGCAGAUAUUGGGAUGCACAAGCUCCGAAUUAUGGAUGCGGAGCACCAAUACACGUAUAAGUUCUUGGGCGCAGAUGACGAUGCAUACACCCCUGCCACAUACACAGAGUAUGCGGCUGACCCUAAAACAGGAAAAACCUCCAAAGUGGUCAAGAUAGCGUGGAUUGGCUUCCAGGAUGGAUAUGAUCCAGAUGACAUUGUGCAGGGCUUGCUGCGCAGGAAUCACGUUCUUAUGAUAGAGGUUUAUCUGGACAAAGAGGGAUUCUUUUCCGAGAUGAUCACAGACUUUGUAUCCGUGUUGAUUGAGUAUAGAUCCAACACUAGGAUGUCCUGGAAUGGACACUCCAUUCAUUUCCAGGCUCUUCGGCCUCAUAAUUUUGAGUCCAACAUAGUGGUAAACAUUCUACACGCGUGCGUAGAACAGAAUCACGGCGGUCAAGAGCUUACUUCCCAAGCCACCGCAAGCCCCAUCCCUGGGCGUCUCUGGACAUGCCCUGAGUGUGACAAAGGGACUUUUCAACUGUUAGUCAUAGACGGAAACUACGCACGUGUAGAUCCAAUGAACACAACCAUGUUCGACGAAGCUCGGCAGGAGCGUAUUCGCAACAUCCCCUACCGCAAUCUAGUAAUCAACUAUCGUCCCGGUACUCUCCCAGCGCCAGCCCCUGAUCCACGAUUCUACCCUCUUCGAUUCAUGGAAUCUCCAGCGGUGCACUGCUCCAUCAAAGAUGGAAACAUCCCAACAGAACCUGAAAGGGUUUUUAAUGUUACGUGCGAGGCCCUACUGCGUCUCGAAAACUAUGCUGUUCACGCCAUCUCUAACUACUUCGUUAAUGACCCUCAUAACGGGCCUAUCAGACAGUAUGCCGACAGGUUUGCAUACCUCUCAACAUACCGCACACUGUCUUCCGGCGCCAUCAACUAUCUAGGGAACGUCAACAAAGAUCCAAAGAAUGCAGCUAAAAUGCAAAUGCAAAUGACGCGCUUUGGGGGAACCACAUCUGCAAAUAGCUGUUACCUUCACGGUGGUAUAUUAACAGAUGGAUCGUCCUUGGGAGCCAAACAGUCAGACUUUCCUACGAUGGUCAGGUUCUAUGAUAGCAUAAUAAGUUAUGUGCCACCAGGGUCCCAAGAGCAGAUUCUCGUUUCUCCUGGCCCAGGAAACUUCACUGGCCGAAUUGGUUGGUCUAUGAGCAUGGAAAAUCGCAAAAAGUUUGCUCAGAGCAGUAAUAACGGAUACGCAAUCAUGUUUGACGCUGUCUGGAAUCCCAGCCUUUACUAUCUUACUGACGACUAUGACACUGCUUUCCUAGGCAACGAGAACCAUAAGGAAGCGUACUACUUGGCGCACACGUUUCAAUACACCAACGGACAAUGUGGGUACAAUGCAUACUUUCAUAGCUUUACUGGGAACACUCAUGCUGGCGCGAAGAUGGGACACGGAACCUCUGUCCAAGUCUUCAUGACAUCUGGAGAUCGUGUCCUCAUGUCAAACCUAAGCUAUUCUGAUCAGACGUUCCGGCUUCUCCCUGACGGCUUCUCUCUCGAGGGAACAGGCUGCUGGGCUCAUCAGCACCGACCGACUAUUUAUCGCGCCAAUCAGUGGCAUAUGAUAUACAACCCUGCGCCCUCGAAGCGCAACUGGCUCCUUGUGCUAGACUUCGACAGCGAAAUUCCUGACAACCUGAUACUUUUCACCGACUCAUAUAACUCAACGGAUGCUAUCGACCUCCGCAUGCUUUAUCUUGUUAACAAAAUAUCCAAUACCGGUGGAGCCAAUGAUCGUACUAUCUAUUGGUCCUAUGCCUUAGAUAACUAUGCUAUGCUCCACGAGUACUACUAUCGGUAUGAGGAAUUGGGAGAAAACCCCGGUCUCCGCUUUGCCUUCAACAAAGACGUCCGUCUCGUGAAUAUUCGAUUUAUGACGCCCCAGUUCGGGACAUUUAACCCAUGGAAUGGCCGUGGAACGAUGGAAGGGAAAGGGAAAACCGUCCAACUGUCCAGUAGGCCUGCUGAUAAUAGGCCUGAUGGAGUCCUUGACAAGCCUCAUAUGAACCCAUAUACCAUAAGCAUUAGCGGAACAAGAUAUGAGUUCUCCACAAAAAACGACACCUAUACAGUGCCUUUUCCGCUUACGGUACAUGAAGGACGUUUUUCGGUACCAACGAAGAUAGAAUACUUCCAUCCUGACCGGCCUACGUGCAAGGACGGUGAGUAUGCAUGGCGUCUCCAAACGGGGGCGUUUACAUGCAUGAUCUGCCCAACGGGAUACUUCUGUAGUGAAGGAGUUAUGAAUCCAUGCCCUCCUGGAUAUUACACAGACUUGGAGGGCCAAUCGUCAUGCCUAUCCUAUUCUGCUGCUACAAGUAACCGGGAGUUCAAUAAGAUCACUGCAUCGGAAUACUAUGCGGGGAUUGAUUACUCCCGCUUUCCUAUCCGUAAUCCCGAUGGCACUGUCCGGGGGUUUUAUAAUUGCCCCGGUAACAAGUUUACACUGAAUGGAGAGUGCAAGACUUGUCCUUCUGCAGGGUAUAUUUGUGUGCCUGGAAUGGAUCCUGUAUUAUGUCCGAGGGGUUUCCGCUGUAGAGGAGGGUAUGCACAACCAUGUGUGGGGGAUGAGUAUCAGGAUGAGGAAGGACGAGAUGUCUGUAAGAAGUACCCUCAAUCUGGUACUCGAUUAGCUUGUAUAAAGGGUGAGGUAGACAUCCCUCUAGAUGGUGAUGACAGAAGGCUCCGUAUGAGCGUUGCCUAUAGCGCACUUCUCGUUUAUCUCAUGGAUCGUCCAAAUGCAGGCUGCCGACCCUGUCCUUUAGGAUAUUCAUGCAUUGAUGGAGCUGUGAUUCCAUGCACCUACGAUCAGUACUCGCCUGAGGGUGAUGAAGUAUGUCAUGAUUGUCGCCACGGAACCAUUCGCAAUGUAGACGGCUCUGGAUGUGUAUCUCUAGAUCCUCAGGACGAAAGCAAAGUGGAAGAGGGCCCUGGAUUCGCCUUUUACGGCUUUUACCCCACGUAUUCGCCGCCUUCCCAAGAAUAUAUAAAGACAGAGAAGGAACGAGUCCAGAGUCGCAUUUAUCUCCACAGUGGUGAUAAGAUUAUAGAUGUAGUUGAGGGGGUGGAAACAGUCGCAGAGGCUCGGCGCCAGAUGAAGACGAGAACUCGCGCUGCAGUUGGUUGGAUGUUUCUCGGUCUUCUUCUCUGGGUGCUGUUGCUAGUUGGAGCGUGUGCUAUCUAUAAUCACCUGAAAAAGCGGAAGAUGCAACAUCUGCGUGCUAGCUACCAGCCUACCUACCGAAAUGACUAG